GGACAGGGGCCCGCCGGCACGGCCGCGGGCCCGCUUGCGCGACCGCGGGUGCGCGGCGCGGCGCGGGCAUCCCAGCGAGACGGACUUCCAGGCGGGCGCCGGCCAGCGGCACGAGGCCCAGCCGCGCGGGAGCGCGCGGGCGGCAGCGGGCAGCCCGAGCUCAGGCGGGGACAGGGGACCCGACGACCGCGGGGCUUGCCCACCACAGCUGGUCGCUUUGGAGCGCAGCUUCGCGGCGACCCUGAACGCGCGCGCUCAUAGCUCGCGCCGGUCCGACCUGGCCUGGCACCCCUUCUGCUCGCGUGUGGGCCAG